AUGUCGCAAUUACCUGCCUUGAAAGCACUCGAUGUUCAAUUCAUGCCUCUCGCCGUCAACGAUCCAUUUUGGACUGGAUCUUUCGAGACGUGCUACAGCAAGUACGGAAAGGGUCUAGCCUGCUAUGACGAUUUUUCCUAUGCAUCUUGGGUUUUGACAUACUACCCUGAUCAGUUGAACGACUUGGUAGACUGCCUCCAGGGAUUUGCUUCAGUAGCUGGUUUCCCAACUACGAUAGUUACCGAAACCGCAGAGUCGGGCGUUCCUUUUAAUGAUGCAGUGAUGGCCGUCUGGGAAGCUGAUGAAAGUAUCUAUUCUUAUUGCAAUCCCUCACCCUAUCAGGGACAGGCACAGGCUCCGCUAACGUGUCUUUUACAGGAUGAGUGCGGACCCAACGCUGCAAAUGACGGGUCGGGCUCUGCCCCAGCUUCAGCUUCUGCCCCUGCUCCAGCCCAAUCUUCAGGCUCUGCUCCAGUCCAAUCUUCAUGCUCUGUCCCAGCCCCAUCAUCUGGUUCUGGCUCUGCUGCAGCCCAAUCUUCUGGUUCAGCCUCUGUCUUAGUCCAAGCGUCAGCGUCAGUGUCAGGCUCUGCCCCAGCUCAAGCUCCCAGCUCCGGCUCCGGAUCUGCCCCAGCCCUAGCCUCAGCUUCUGCUGGCUCUGGCUCUACACCAGCUUCAGCCUCCGGCUCCGGCUCCAGCUCUGGCUCUGCCCCAGCGUUAGGUCCAGCCCCAGCUUCUAUCUCUGCCCCAGCUUCAGUCGUGGCCCCCUUCUAUUCAAUGGUUCGCUCCAACAACAGCGUAACUAGCUCCACCGACUCCCAAUUGUCGACAACUGUUGUUACCGUUACGUCCUGCUCCGACAACAAAUGUUCCGAAUCGGCGGUCACCACUGGCCUCACAACUGUUUAUCAAGACCACACCACUUACACUACCUACUGUCCAUUAGCCGGCGUCACCGCAAAUACAUCAAAAUCAGGUAGCCCAUCGACCGCAACUAAGCCUAACUUGUCAACCACUGUCGUGACUGUUACAUCCUGCUCAAACAGGAAGUGUUCGGAAACCGAGUUAAGUACCGGUGUUACUACUGUCUACCAAGACCACACCACUUACACUACCUACUGCCCACUUAGCGUUGAAAGCUCAACUGCUGCUACUGCGUCAACACUUAUGAACUCUACCUCUUCAACAGGAACUUACUCUACUUCUACCGAAGGUUCCAAGAGCUGGACUACGAGUGCUUAUAAUAGUGACCUUGGAAACUACAGUGGUAACGAAGGUAUCAAGUUCAGUGCUUCCAAAGGCUCCCUCUUGGCCGCUGCUGCUUUGCUUAUGUUAUAG